CACAAGUAGUCCAUCCAGGCAUCAGAAAGGACGUUCAAGUUACCUACAGACCACCUCUUUUAAUAGAUAGCUCGCAGUUUGUUUUUGUUUUUUUCAACUAGGGUAGAAAUAAACUCCCGUUUUCCGGUUCAAAACGCAACAGUUAUCUCCAUCAGCUUCACUUAAUAAUCUACAUCCAUUGUCAAGCCGUGCUUGCGCAACUUGUUGUGUUACUUAUUGGCAAACUCUUUUUCAAAAACAAUAGUUCGGAAAAAAAAAAAAAGAAAGAAAACAAACAAACAAAACACAUCGGAAGCACACAAAACAGUGUGCAUUUGAGCGCUUCACGUUCAGUUGUUUUUACGGAACCGACAAACAGCUUUGUGAGUUGGCAACAGAAUGGAAAAUCCACUGCUAUUCGUCACGCUCAGCGUUUUUCUAUUGCAUUUCAAUUUGGGAGGCGUCCGAGGAGUAAGCAUCACGUCAAUUCAAGUGCCACCAGCCGUGGAAAAUGGAAGCGCGUCUGUGGUACUAGACUGCGACUACUCGUUGGCUUCCCACGAGAAGCAGGGGCUCGUCGUUCAGUGGUUCUUUCGCGACCACCCUCUUCCUGUAUAUCAAUGGAUUCCGGGCAAGAGGCCUCAAGAUAAUGGACCGCUUAAAGGUCGCCUGAACUUGGAAUACCGUGCUUCAGAAGAUCCCUAUCACCGGCAUAGGGCACUAGAAAUCUUGAACCCCUCUACCGAUCUCGGAGGCGAUUACCGCUGCAAAGUAGCCACAUUUGACAACGAAGACAGUCAGAACGCUCACAUGGUGGUAUAUGUGCCAGCAGCUUCGUUCACAGUAGAAAAGACCAAACCAACGACAUCCACAGUGAAUGUGACCUGUAAGGUCGAAGGCGUUUACCCGCUUCCCCAACUUGAGUUGAUCCAGGAGGACGGACCCCAUGGAAAUAGGAUGGUUGUGAAAGAGACAACACUUUACAUCUCGUCACGAGGCGGGCGCUACGAUGCUACCUUGCACCGAGUUUUAGAAGACAAACAACUACCGUCUGAUGCCGCUUUCGAGUGCCUCCUGUCUUUGCCAGCGACCGAGUAUCAAACUGCCCAGAAGAUAACUUAUCAACCAGGUGCGCCUUUGGAUGGCGGUAUCAUCCCCCAAGCGGCUAAUGAUAUAAAUGAGGAUCACUCACACAUCGGGAUGGGUUCUGGUGGUGGAAUAAGCAUUCCUUCCGUUUCUGCACCACAUCGUUCUCUGGAUGCUAUUGCAUCUCCAGCAGGGGACACAACCAUUGAAGAUGAUUCCGAGAACGCUAGUGUAUGGCAAAGCGGCACAGGGCGAGGCAUUCGAGCUCAUGAAACCACUACUGAUAAUGGAGCAAAUGUGCAUAAACGACCCCAAAUCCUCGCUCUUUUGUUGGCGUUUUUCGUCAUGGUCAGCCUUUGAUUUAAUUUGCUGCUCAUCUCCGCGUCCGCCUAGUUUCCCUCUUAUCCUUGUAUACAUUUAUUCUUGUAAAAUUAAUUAUCUUCCUUGCUUCGACGGGGAUAGAGACGAUGAAGCUUCACUUUGCUCUAACCAAACAGUCAAUCUAAACAGUUGAUCUUCGUCGCUCACAAAAUGUCAAGCACUCAAAAAAAUAUUUCUUUAAAUACUA